AUGUCUGUACCAGUCGUCACCACAAUCUCCACUGCCAACCAGAAAGUACUUGAUUACAUCGAAUCCACAUUCAACAAGAUAAUACAAGAUAUUCAAGGCGACCCAUGUAAGAAGGCAGUCAUUGUGUUGAGACGAAUCACGAGUGUCCGCCCAUACCAUGAUCACGAAGACUACAUGCGAUUGAAAUGGCAUAUCGAAGAUAGUGAAGUUGUAUAUGCAUUUCCGGGCAAGAACAGGGAUGAUGCUUGGAGAUUCGCAUGCCUGGCUCGGAUUCUGAGUGAGAUUCACAGCGCCGUCAAACAGGGCAUCAUCGUCACCAAGAGGGACAUCUUCUACCACGAUCCAGGGCUCUUCAAGCAGCAGACCACUGUCGAUCGGCAUGUCGAUGACAUUGCUCAUACCUGUGGGGUCACAAGACGUGAUUUGAACAUUGCUGCUAGCCCAAAAGGCCUCGUGGCGGGACUCAAAACGGGUAACCUCACAGAUCAAAUUGUCAUUAUCCAUGAUUGUUAUGACCUGACCACUUUCGAUCACUUGGCCAAUAUCAAUUGGAUCCUCGUCGUUGAAAAAGAGGCAAUCUUCAGUGCUCUGUUGGAAAGGAGAUUCCAUCGACACCCAAUCAUUGGUCCUGGAGUGCUUGCAACUGCCAAAGGGUAUCCUGACCUUGCAACGCGCCGCUUCUUGAGAGCCCUAGUCGAUCAGUGCCAGUCCAAUGUGCCAGUCUUCGGUUUAUUCGAUAAUGAUCCAGACGGCAUCGGAAUUCUAAAAUGUUAUCUGUACGGCUCCAAAAGGUCGGCUCGGGAACAAAGUUGCAUCGCUCCUGAGAUGACAUGGAUUGGGCUUAAGUCGGAAGACCUAAUGGCAAUAACCGGUGCUGGGAAUUCUUGGUUGACUCUGUCUAUGCGGGAUAGAAAUGCCGCGACUUCGAUGCUCAAUAGCGGAGAAUGGAAAGAUGAAGAAGGCCAACUUCUUCCAGGUCUCCGUGACUGUCAUGCCGAACUUCAGAGGAUGCUCUGGCUAAAUCGCAAGGCCGAGAUACAGAUAUUAGACAAAUUGGAAGGCGGACUGUAUGCUUGGUUGGCAAGGACACUGUCUGUCGCCUUAGCCGAGGUCCAAACAUGA